UCAAGAAGCUAAAAGCUAGCGGUGUAAAGGAGCUACGAGUUUUCUUUCAGCACUUAAUUUGACAUUUCAUUAAUUUGUACUCUUGAGAAGAGUUUGCUUGGCAUUUUGAGGAGAUAUGGCAGCAGAUUGGUUGGGUAGUUUGGUGUCAAUUAACUGUGGGCCAACACUGGGAGUCUAUCAAGGAGAAGUGGUGUCUGUGGACCAGUCCAGCCAAACCAUCUCCUUAAGACAACCUUUCCACAAUGGAGUUAAGUGCCCUGUUCCCGAGGUCACAUUCAGUGCCAUUGACAUAAAGGAACUGAAGAUUUUGGAUAUCAGAAACGGCAAUGCUAGGAACAGCUCUUCUGCAUCUACAAAGGUAAGCAGUGCUCCAGUUGCAGUCCCAAAAGGUGACCCCAGAUCAGUGGAGAAACUCAACUCUCCUCAGCACUGCUCCAAAAGCUAUGGAGAGCGUCACCUGGACGUGCCCGGCCAGCCAAAAGGAUUUCGUCGUAGACACAACUCUUGGUCAUCUAGCAGUCGAGGAGCAAACCAAGCAACACCGAAAAAGAAUGGGGUGAAGAAUGGUCAGAUGAAGCACAGAGAUGAUGAGUGUUUCGGGGAUGGCAUGGAUGACGGGUUGGAUACGGACUUUGAUUUUGAAGGAAACUUGGCUCUUUUUGAUAAAGCAGCAGUUUUCUCAGAAAUUGACAUAUCAGAGCGCCGUAAUGGUGCAAGGUCACGUGGGACGCCUCAAGAGCAGACGCCCACACGGUACCGUCAUGAUGAAAACAUCCUGGAGGCCAAACCUAUUGUGUACAGACAGAUUACUGUACCACAGCCUGGGGCCAAAGAGUACUGCACUGACUCUGGGCUUGUUGUGCCAAGUAUAUCCUAUGAAUUACACCAGCGUCUGUUGUCAGUCGCUGAGCGUCACGGUCUCUCACUGGAACGAAGACUUGAGAUGACUGGAGUGUGUGCAAGUCAGAUGGCACUUACCUUGCUGGGUGGACCCAACAGGUUUACACCAAAAAAUCUACACCAGCGUCCCACAGUGGCUCUGCUGUGUGGCCCUCACGUUCAAGGUGCUCAGGGCAUCAGCUGUGGUCGUCACUUAGCCAAUCAUGAAGUUGAGGUCAUCCUGUUUCUGCCCAAUUUUGUCAAGAUGCUUGACUCGGUCACAAGCGAGCUCACACUCUUCAACAAGACUGGUGGCAAACAGGUGUCAAAUAUCAAAGACCUUCCAGACACGCCAGUAGACUUAAUCAUAAACUGCCUGGACUGCCAUGAGAACACAUUCCUGAUGGAUCAGCCUUGGUACCGAGCAGCUGCAGACUGGGCCAACAAGAACCGAGCGCCAGUGCUCAGCUUAGACCCUCCUGGUAGUGGACAGGGGCAGGCGGUCGAGGCAAAGUGGUCCCUCUCUCUUUGCCUCCCCCUUCCCCUGUCUGAGGGGGCUGGCAGCGUUUACCUGUGUGACAUAGGUAUUCCUCGCCAAGUCUUCCAGGAAGUGGGAAUCAAAUACCUUUCUCCUUUUGGCUGCAAAUUUGUCAUCCCCUUGCACUCUGCAUAAUGGCACUAGUGGUCACCAUGACAUAUUGAAUCUUUCACCCUCCAUGACCAUUUUGGUUUUGGCGCCUUAUAUUCCAGAGUUCAUCCAUUAAGUUUCUAACUCAUCAACAUGUGAAUGGGACCACUGUUUUGUACAUUAGUUCGACAAGGACUAAGUGCAUAUGGAUAGGAUAGACAAGCGCUUUAAUGAGAAAGAAAAUGUGUUGACCAUCAGAGGCUUCAAACAUUAUGUACAUGCAAUUGUUUUUGCAUAACGCUAAAAGACUUUUUUUAGAAUACAGCAAAGUGUCAAAAUAAUACCACAGUGUUCAGUUUUAGAUUGAAUAGGACAAUCUUUGACUUAAAAUGGAAAAAAAACAUAUGUAAUCUAACUUCACUCCAAAACUAUCUGUUGAAUAAACAGAGAUCCGCCAUAUAAUACAUGCAAAUGUGAUGUUUUGACAUGAAUCUGAUUGUAACAACAUAAAUCCAAUUUACAUUGGUGUUAAACGUCUUGGCAUAUAGCCUGCCAUACUCUUCAGUCAUCUGUUUGAAUAAUUUUGUAUUUUCAGUCUUAACUUAUGUUAAUUGGAGCAGACAACCAGAUAUUUAUAGCUUCGUUUGUCCAUGGUGAACUAGACUGUCAUGACAAAGGCUUUGAUGAGAUACCACAGGAUUCAAAAACCCUCGCAACCUAACCUUUUAGUAAAAAAUAAAAUGUCUGCUAACUAAAUUUUGGUACAAUAGAGAGCUGAAGUUAGGAACUCUCGUCCAGGCUAGCCUCUGCUCUAGUAGCUUCUGCAACUCAAUGCUAUCUCUUAUCCAGCGUUGAACUCAUUAGUCAUGGCUAGACAAUCAAGAAAAUUCAGCACUCACUACAGCAGUUGUUAUAAGAAAUUAAUACCUUUGUUACGUUAUCGAAGUUAAACUGCAGUUAAGAGUACUUCAAUCAUAGUAACUUGGUUUUGUCCAUAUCCAUAAAACCGAUAGGGCUUGUAGGAAAUUCUGUUCUUUUGAGGCUGUAAAAAAACCAUAAACAAUGAUUUUAAAUAGUUUUCCAAAAAGCUACCUACUCAUCUAAACCAUAGAAUAUAUAUAAUGAUGGAGGACACAUUUCUGCUUUCUCCUACUGAACAAAAAUGAAGCCAAAAUAUUCCUACAACAGGCACUGACAUCUUCACGCCGGUGAUGUCAUUAGGGGUCAGAGUUUGCAGAGCACUGAAUGCGAGGUGAAGCGGUGGUAAUGAGGUCCCACCCAACUCAGUUGCAAGUCGAUCACAGCUGUCAACAUUGAUGUCACAAUCCCUUUUUAUAGCAUCAAAUAACUUCAUUAAAAAUUAAAAUUAAAACCAACACUUGAACAAAUAGCAGCAUGAAAAGAACUACCUAAGACGAUAAAACCAUCUUUGGGGAAACGUGUUUGGCGUUUACUUUGAGUUUUUGGUUUGACCCAUGUCCCACUAACAUGGGGGGGGUGGGGUUUAUGACCUGUGCUGCAACCAGCCAUCAAGGAGUAAUCAAGAUGUUUCGGCUUCACUUUUGGGGAGCUGUCAUAUUGUAGAUCUUUACUGUCUAAACCCAUGAAGCGAAUCCCAUGAUAUACUUUUUGGAUGGCUCCAAAUCUUGGUUUUAAGUUACUGGUGUGGUAUCAAAUGUCGAUGAGAUUUUGAAAGACGUUUUCUCAGAACAGAACCUGGAAUUUGUGGCUUAACUUUGCCUCUCUGUUGUUUCUGUUAAAGGAUCUUACCAGAGUGUUUGUAAAUUUAAGUUCCCUAACAAGACAUCACCUUAACUACAUGUGCUCUGAUCUUUUUAAAUGCAGACUACAGUUAAUACUUUAAAAUAUAUUUUUCUAUUGAUUUCCAAUGAUUACUUUGGAUGAUAAACAAAACUAAGAAGCAGAAUCUUAGAGCUCUGUUACGUUUGAGGCCCAUUACAGCAAACACUGCAGUAAUUGAAUUAUUGUUGUGUAGAAAUGUAGUUUAAUCGCAGAUUGCACUGCAUUAUGUCUGCAAUGGACUAAAUUUCCAAGUGUCCUAAUAGAUUUUGGUGUUUAUAUUAAAAUGUCAACGGAUGCCUGAAAGACAAAAUACAUCUAGAUUUCUAAAACACAGUAGCAUGGUUAGUUUUGAUGUAAAAUUUGAUUAGUAAAAAAAAAAAAGGUGGUAUGGUCCUUUAAAUUUCAAACCACCUUGCAGGUUAGUGUGUCAACAUUUGUUUUCUAAAAUCAAAGUUAUGUUGAUUGACAAAACAAGUGGCAUUUUCCAAAGUAUAAAUGCAUAUUUGAGGGUCAAAUGCCUCUCUGGGUGAAUCAUCUUGAUCCAAACCUGCCAACAAAGAUGCAGCAUCCUGCAGUGGGUACCCUCUGAACCAACUAGAUUAGGUCCCUCUGACAAGACAUUGGUGAACAUUUCUUUUCCCGUUUUUAUGUUACAGUUAGUGGUAUUAACUAACUAAACAAUAGACUGUGAAGUUUAAUUUAAGGAGAGCUGCUUGUUUUGUGCUGCUUCUGGAGGCCUCUGUCAAGGCCUCCUGCUGCCAGAUCUUCAUGACAAUGCAAGUCAAACCCUUUUCUUGUUCUUGGGCGAGAUCAUAUUGUUUCUGAAAUGUGUCCAGAACAGAAGCAGCUGUCUUAAGUUCUCUUUACUGGACAUUAUGUAUCAACGUGUCCUUAAAGAAAUACUUCACUCCUCAAAUGGACAUUUGUAAUAUCAAUUGCUUACUCUGUGUUAUGUUGAAUUUGUGGGGAAAAAAAAGAAACAUUUUUUCUUGCAUCUCUCUGUGUUGAUUGAAGAUUCCAAAAAAACAGAGAAAAUUCUUGUUGUAUUGAAGUAAAUGAUGACCACAUUUAACAGCAAAACUGUAUCAAGGCAUCAGUUUAUAAACUCUCACUCAACUCAUGCAGUAUAAUCAAGCUCUCAUUUAUCCAGCCAUAUGCUCAGUGCUUUUCUCAGCUGCGUAUGACUGUGAUACACCUUUGUCUUCGUAAUUAUUCAACUUUUAAAAAAGAAAGAAAGCAAAAGAGAGAAGAUGCUCAGUGCUUCCCAAAUAGAUAGCCUUUCUCAAAAGGAAAGUGAACCUAAAUUAAAACUCAUCUAUACCCUCUUGAAAGCCAGACUCCAUCGAAAAAAAACGGUAUUUUUACCUCCUCUGAACACAGGAGCUGCUGCUCUAUAGCUGCUUCCAUCAGUUUGUGUUAUUGUGUGACUUUGGUGUUUUAAAGGGUUAUUAUAGCACAAUGGCAAAAACUCACUGCUGGAGGCAGCUGUAGACCAGCAGCAACUGUUUUCAUCAAGGUUGAAUUAUUAUUUUUGUCAGAGGAGUGUGGCUUCAAAGAGAGCAUUGAAAAGUUUAACUUUUAGUCCAGUUCCCCGUCAGAAAGGGCUGUCUGUUUGGGAAUCAUAUGACUGGAUAAAUGACUUAUUUAUGUGAGUUGUGCGAGGGCUUUUAAACAGAUGAGUAUAAUUUUGCUGUCAUCAUACAUGGACCUGUAUGACUCCAGUUCAUGAAGAUUUUUUUCUCAGUUUUUGGAAUCUGUGUUUACUGGAGAUGUGUGUGUGAAAAAGUGUCCUGGACAAAUUCAAUGUAACACAAGGUGAGUAAUUAAUAUACAAAUGGCAAUUUAGGAGGGUAAUUAUUCCUUUAAUUAUUGUAUCGGUGAGGUCAGUGUAGUCUAAAAAAGGCUGAAUUCGGGCAGUUGCCGAAGCUACAAAUGAUGUAUUUUUGGAUAUGGUCUAUAAUGUGGUAUAUCCUCUCAUGAGGAUUACCAAUACUCACCUUAUAUUUGUUUUCUUUCUUUUCCCUCUGUGCACAUUAGUCUGCACAGAGCUCACACACUGAUGCAGUGAAAGUCAUGCACAGAGGUUUUGUCCUCUCUCCAACAUUCCUCCAGCCUGAUGUGUUAUGUCACAUCUGUUGAGACAAGUCUGGCCUGGAAACAUCAGCCAGCGUUUUACUGAAUGUGAUGAGUUUUUCUUGUCUUUGGCCACCAGAGGGCCAUGAAACCACACGUUUAGUGGCUCUUCCUUAUUUUUGUUGUAAUGGCAGCUUUGUGUACUGUUUCCUCAAACUCUAGUGUUAUUUCUCUGAAAUGUGAACAGUCAGACACCAGGGGGUGAUCUGGCUUUUGGCAUGAAAGCGCCUGUUUUUUGAAAGUGUCAGGUUAUGCUUUUUUUGAGAUUUAUUCAAUAUGUUUACAUGUUUCAAAGUCUCACAUCUGCACUGGAUGUUAUGUCCAUGCGAAAUUAGUUUGCAGAUCAGGAAAAAAAUCGCAUUAAAUGGCUAGUGGGAGGUGUUGUCUAGACAGGACAACCGUUUCCUUUUUGGGAGUUCAUUGUCAGUGUAUCAAAGAUACUGUGCAGUCCUCUUUUGUCAUUUCUGCAGAUUGAAACAAUUAAAACAAUUUUCACCGUC